AGCUUUAACAAAUGCCAUAUGUUUUAAUAAGGUAGUAGAUUUAAUAAUUGAACCUGAGUGUGACCAACUUGUAACUUUCUGUGCCAAUGAGGAGAAUUAAGAGUUGCAUUUUAGACAAUGGUUUCUCUUGUUGUGAUCAAACUUUUUUAUAAUGAAUCAGAUGUCAGAGAGCUUUCUUUUCCUUUGUCUCUUUACCUCUGCCCUGUUCUCUGAGGGUCGUCCUAUAAAUCCCUAGGGCAUUCAAGAGAAUAGAGACUCAGGGAAUGCAGGCUAUCUCACAAGCCAUGCAAUCUUUGCAUAAAAAAGAACUGAUGUUACUAUUUGAGAGAGGGAGCUGUCUCUGCAGUGAGCUAACAACAACAAAUAAAUUGGUAACUUUUAUUUAUUUUAAAAUAGACUUUGCUCACCUUUUUUCUUGUCCAGGGAACAAAAUAACAAUGACUUUCUUUCCUGCUUACCUAGAAUAAGACCAUCCCUUUUUAAUUACUGGUUAUUUCUUGAGCCAAAUCCUAACCAUUGCUUUCACUAUUUUAGUGACUGGAUUAUUUUCUUAGGUUUCCUAUGCAUUUGGAGAACCUGUCAACAACUGAUAACCCUCUAUAAAUAAUUCACAAAGUAAUUGUGUCCCUCUUUUCACUAACCUGCUUUGAAGUAUGUUAUGUGAGAAGUAGAAUUUAAGUCAGUGGCAUUUAGUUCACAUAGUUAAUGAAGGAAGUGCCCUGUGUCCUUCAUAAAACAGUGGUAAUACUGUCAUUUCAGGCUUCCGGUUUUGCCAUUGUGAUUAAAAGUCAUUAUACAUGCAAUUAUGCUCCAGGUCUUUUCUCCAAGAGGCAAAAAAGAGGUCUUUUCAUACUCAUCUUGAUAACUAUUUUGUUAAUAAAUUGACAUUUAUGACAUAGGAUAUUGUCAGUUGUGCUGAAACCUGAAAUGUUUAUAGUCAGAUUAUAGGCCAGCCUUCCCAUUCUUUCUUUAAUUAUAUCCUGCCUCACCAUCACUAGAAAAGCACAUAUGCUCCCUGUUAUAAAUUCUUUCUGCUCAUAAUUUAAAAUAAUUUGAUUGGAAUAUGUUUAGAAAUUAAUACCCAGAAUAGUGUCAUAGAAAAAUAGAUGCGUACUUUAAUUAUAUGAGAUUGUACCAGCUUUAUCAGAAAAUAUAUGAUCACCUCUAGGUUAUUUAUUUUGUGAACAGGAGUCAGCUGGGAUGAUUCCUAUUUUUUUGGUUCUCCUAGAAUUUGAAAUUCUAGGCAUAAAUAAUUUUAGUAAACAUGGUAAAAUCCAGAUGCAAUUGAUCUUACGCAUGGCAUAAAUUUGUGUAGGAGUCCAGAUGUUGGAAUGUGAACACAGGUUGUUUCUCCCUUAUGUCCUGUGUGGACUUUUUAAACAUGUUAUUUUUACAUAUUUACUUUCCUUUUUAUUUUUUGAUACAGGGUCUCACUCUGUCACCUAGACUGGAGUGCAGUGGUAUGAUCAUGGCUCACCGUAGCCUCUACCUCCCAGGUUCAAGUGAUCCUCUCACCUCACUUCCCAAGUAGCUGGGACCACAGGCAUGCGCCACCAUGCCCAGCUAAUUUUUUUUUCAUUUUUUGUUGAGAUGAGGUAUCACUUAUUUUGCCCAGGCUGGUCUUGAACUCUUGGACUCACGCAAUCCUCCCACCUCAGCCUCCCAAAGUGUUGGGAUUACAGAUGUGAGCCACUGUGCCCUGCCUAUUUUCCUUACCUUUAAAGAUUAUUAUAGAAAUUCAAAUUAUUCUUUGUAAUUAUGUAUCUUUUAAUAAAUUCUCAACAGUUUAGAUGAAGGCGAGCACACCUCUAACCCUAUAUGUAUUAUACUAGAUUCAUCUUUAAAAUUUCAAAGAGCAGAUAAUAUAAUCAGUUAGAUUUGUCCCUAGGUAUUGCUUUUGAAAUCAGCCACAUGGUUUUUGAACACUUUGUGCAAGGUACUUCACUUGGCAGUGGGGAAGAUACAGACAGCAUCAACUGUCAUGGCCUCAGGGGAGACCCCAUUCUUUGGUGUCUGUUGUUAGCUUACUGUUUGUACGUUCUCAUCUUCUUUACUGUUUUCUUCUCAUCUUUCUGACCUCUGAAUUUUGAGAGCCUCAGUCCCAGUCCUUACACCUCUUCUCUGUUUAACUCACUUCCUAAGUGAGCUUGGCUUUACAUGUCAUCUGUAUGCUGAGGAAGUACAAAUGUAUGUCUUCAGCCCUGGCUUGUGUCCUGAAUUUCAGACUCAUAUCUGAUUACCAGUUGGAUGUCCUCUAGACAUUUCAAAAUAUCUAAAACUGCACUGUUGAUUUCUUUGGAAACCUGCUUUAUUUACACCUUUUCCCACCUCAGUAGUUGGAAACUCUAUGCUACGGGUUGCUAACGACAAAAACUUUGUAGUCUUUCUUUAUGCUGCUUUUAUUCUCAGAUUAUAUAUACAUUUAUCCACAAAUUUUGUGUGUUCUUCCUCAGUAUUUCAAGAAGCUGAUCACCUUUCAUUACUCUUUUCUUGCUACCCUAUUCAAAACCACUAUUACUGCUUGCUAGGAUUUUACUGCAAAAGCUCCCAAGUAGCCUCCCAGUUUCUGUCCUUGCUUUCCUGCAAUGUGUUCUCUCCACUCAGCAGCGAAAGUGAUCUCUUAAAAAUAUUAGGUCUCCCUUUCUGUUCAUGACCUCUUACAUCGCUUGGAAUAAGUCAGAGUCCUCGCCAUGGCCUAAAUGGUGUUACACAGUCUGUUUUCCCAUUACCUCUCUGACUCAUUUCCCUCAGCUAGCCCUCUUGCUGAUUCCACUUCUGCAUAUGUGUCAAACAUACAUUUCCACCUUGGGCUUCUGAACUGCUGUUUCCUCUACCUGGAAUCCUAUUCCCCUAGAUGUCCGAAUGGUGUGCUUCCAUACUGUUCACAUGUAACCUGAAGAGAGAGGCAUUUCCCGACUUUCUCCCCAACCCUAAUAUCAAAUAGCAUGUCCCUACUCUUUAUCAGUCUCUAUAUCCUUACCUUUAUUUUUUUCAAUGUGCUUACCCCACCUGACAUAUUGUAUAUGUAUUUGAUUAUUGUCAGUCAGCCCCUAUUAGAAGGUAACUUCACAAGGUCAGGACUUGGUCUCAUUUGUUCUCUGCUGUAUCCACACUGCCUAGCUUAUUGCCUAGCAAUCAGAGACAUGCAUUAAGUAUUUAUUAAGAAUAUAAAUUUAGGAUCUAAUCUAAGAGAGGAGUAUAUCGUAAUCUGUGAUAGAGGUUGAGCAUAUAGUAAUGAAUAAAAUGGACCUUGACCCUGCCCUUGAAACUUAGAGUAAAGUAGAAGAUAAUGUAGACCCUACAUUAAGAAUUUACAGCAUAGUUAGGUUAUUAGAGUUUACAAUAUAGUUUAAAAGGUGGACACCAUGCCUGUAAUCCCAGCACUUUGGGAGGCCAAGGUAGGAGGAUCGCUUGAGGCCAGGAGUUCAAGACCAGCCUGGGCAACAUAGUGAGACACUUGUUCUACAAAAAAAAAAAAAAAAAAAAAUUAGCCAGUCAUGGUGGUGCUCUCCUGUAGUCUCAGCUACUCAGGAGGCUGAGGCAGGUUGAUUGCUUGAGGCCAGGAGUUCAAGACCAGCCUGGGCAACAUAGUGAGACCCCAUUCUGCAAAAAAUAAAAAUAAACAUUAGCCAGGCAUGGUGGUUCACUCCUGUAGACCCAACUACUGAGGAGGCUGAAGCAGGAGGAUAACUUGAGCCCAAGAGUUCGAGACUGCAGUGACCUAUUAUUGUGAUACUCUACUCCAGCCUGGGUGAUGGAGUAAGACCCUGUCACUUAAAAAAAAAAUACUAAUAUGUUGGGUGUAGUGGCUCACGCCUGUAAAACCCAAUGCUUUGGGAGGCUGGGUCAGGAGUUUGAAACCAGCCUGACCAACACAGUGAAACCCUGUCUCUAUUAAAAAUGUGAAAAUUAGCCAGAUGUGAUGGUGGGCACCUGUAAUCCCAGCUACUCAGGAGGCUGAGGCAGGAGAAUCGCUUGAAUCUGGGAGGUGGAGGUUGCAGUGAGCCGAGAAUGCGCCACUGCACUCUAGCCUGGGUAACAGAGUGAGACUCUGUCCCAAAACAAAAACAAAAAACCUCUACUAAUAAAGUGUAUACCUGUGAAUUUAAAUAACUGUUGAAACAAAAAUUUUUAAUAAGAACUUAUAAAUCAAUAGAGUAGUUGAUGCCAAUGAAUAAAUGAAAUCACAGGGUAGGAAAUCUAGAAGGUAGGGAAGUAAGUAGAAAUAAAUGAAUGGAAUACAGUUGAAUCCAGAGAGGAAUAAAAUGAAAGAAGGCGUGGUGACCAUUUAAGUAAAUCUGACUGGUAUAAGACAAUGAUAGUACUAAUUUCACAAUGAAGUGAAACGAAAAGACUGGACAGAAUAAUAUGUUAAGAUGAGAAGGGCUUGAUUGAAGUUAAAACAUGCUAAGAUUUUUAUAUUGUUUAGGAGAAGGAUAUAGAUAGCAAUUAACUUUAAUUUUGUCAUGUCAGAUGUGAUUGUUAAAAAUAAUACGGGUAGGCCAGAGCAGAGUACGAGGCUGAGGCAGAGGGAGUCAUGGCAGGACAGGCGUUUAGAAAGUUUCUCCCACUCUUUGACCGAGUAUUGGUUGAAAGGAGUGCUGCUGAAACUGUAACCAAAGGAGGCAUUGUGCUUCCAGAAAAAUCUCAAGGAAAAGUAUUGCAAGCAACAGUAGUCGCUGUUGGAUCGGGUUCUAAAGGGAAGGGUGAAGAGAUUCAACCAGUUAGCAUGAAAGCUGGAGAUGAAGUUCUUCUCCCAGAAAAGGGAGGCACCAAAGUAGUUCUAGAUGACAAGGAUUAUUUGCUAUUUAGAAAUGGUGACAUUCUUGGAAAGUACGUAGACUGAAAUAAGUCACUAUUGAUAUGGCAUCAAUGUGAAGCUGCCCAUUCCACUGAAGUUCUGAAAUCUUUCAUCAUGUAAAUAAUUUCCAUAUCUCUUUUAUAAUAAACUAAUGGUAACUGAUGACAAAAAAUAAUAAGAUGGGUAACUAAAACAGUGAAUAGAAUGUAUAACUUCAAAUAGAUGGAUAAAGGGAGAAUAUUCAGUACAAUAGAGGAAGAGAGAAGGCAAUAGGUGUAAAGUAAAUGAAUUAGGUGCUAGAAAUAAAUCCAAAUAUAUCAGUAAUUACAAUAAAUAUAAGUAGGGUAAUAUUAGCAGCUAAUAGAUUGCAUUUUAAAAAAUACAGCUGUGUGCUAUUUUAGACUAUAUUGGGAGAAAUUUCUACAAUACCAAGACACACACAGCAAAGUUGAAAGGAAAGGGUGGGGGAAGAUACCUGGCAAAAACUAAUCAAAAGAAAGCUAUUGUGGUUAUACUAACAUAAGACAAAAUAGGCCUUAAGACAAAAAGUAUUAUAGAGAAAUGUUAUGAAAAUACAAAUAUUUACAACCAAACCACAAAUACCAUGUAUUAAUAUGAAAACUCAUGAGAUGCACCAAAGUAAUUCUUAAGGGAUAGGUUUAUAUACAUACCUUAGUAAAGAAUAACUGGGUCUUAUACACUUAGCAUCUAACUCAAGAAAAUCAGUGAGGUGGGACAGGAAGUAAACCCAAAGAAAGUGGAAGGAAAGAAAUACUAAAGACAAAAGUUAUUAAGUGAAAAUUCAAGAAAUAAUUCAACAAAACUAAAAGCUGGCUCCUUGGAAAAACUUAUCAAAUAUAACAGAAGACAGUAACAAAAUUAGGAAUAAAAAAGAAACAUAAUUCUAGACACAGCAGCAAUUUUAGAAAAUAGGAGGAUCCAGUGAAUAACUUUAUGACAAUAAAUCUGAAACACAAAAUGGGCAGUUUCUUAGAAAAACUUAAUGAAAUUGUCUUAAAAAUAAAAACCAAAAUAGACCUAGAGCAAUUAAAAAAAUUUAGUCAUUCAAAUAUUUAAUGAUUUUUUUGUAAAAUGUGCCUGAUGUCAUUUUAGGCAAUGGAGAUAAUAGCAGUGAACAAAAAAUACCAAAAGUCUAUGUUUUCAUGGAGCUUCCUUUGUUGUAGUGGGAGACGUAAUUAAUACAUUUAUCAGGUGUUGCUAAUUCUGUGAAGAAGAAAGAAAAUGGCCAGGCACGCUGGCUCAUGCCAGUAAUCCCAGCACUUUGGGAGGCCAAGGCAGGCGGAUCACCUGAGGUCAGGAGUUCCAGGCUAUCCUGGACAACGUGGUGAAAUGUUGUCUUAACCAGCUGUGGUGGCACACCCCCGUUGUCCCAGCUACUAAGGAGCCUGAGGCAGGAGAAUCUCUUGAACUCGGGAGGCGGAGGUUGCCGUGAGCUGAUAUUGUACCACUGCAUACCAGCCUGGGCGACAGAAUGAGGCUCCAUCUAAGAAAAAAGAAAAAGUGAGGGGAGAAUGUGCUGUUUUAUGUAGGAAAGCCAAAGAAACCAUACAGGACCUGAAGGAAGCAAGAGAGCAAGCCGGGUAUGUAUUAGAGAAAGUGGCCCAGGCCUUAGGAGUAGGUGCAAAGGACUUGAGGCAGGAGCAUGUUUGGUAGAACAGAACUGAGUAUGGUGUAUAAGGGAGACAGGCAGAAGCAGAGAUCAGUGAGGUACCAGGGGCCAGGUGAUAAAAUUUUUGCAGACUUUUGACUCAGCAGUUAGAAAUCUACCUAUGAAAUGGGGAUGAGUAUAAUAACUUCUACUCAUAAGAUUAUAAAGUUAAUGAAUUAAAUGGAUGUGGAUUUUCUUUUUUGUAAAGGACUAUCCAGGUGUAGUAGUAAUUUGUCAAAUAUUUCAUCCAGAAGUAGUAAUUUGUGGAACAUUUAUGAAGGAGCACCUGCCAUAGGCCAGGACAUGUGCUAAGCAUGAAGAAUACAAAGAUGAUUAAUACAUGGCAGUGCUCACUGCCAUUAAUGGGGACAGGCACAUAAAUACUUUUCUGUAGUGUGCUAAUGGCAGUAAUAGAGCACAUAAUGUUUGAAGAGUAGAAGUACCAUCGAAGUUUAACUUUGUAGCAUUUAUAAGAAAGCUUAUUGGCUGGGCGCGGUGGCUCACGCCUGUAAUCCCAGCACUUUGGGAGGCGGAGGCAGGUGGAUCACUUGAGGUCAAGAGAUCAAGACCAUCUUGGUCGAAAAGGUGACACCCCGUCUCUACUAAAGAUACAAAAAAUUAGCUGGGCAUGGUGGCACGUGCCUGUAAUCCCAGCUACUCGGGAGGCUGAGGCAGGAGAAUUGCCUGAACCCAGGAGGCGGAGGUUGCGGUGAGCCGAGAUCGUGCCAUUGCACUCCAGCCUGGGUAACAAGAGCGAAACUCCGUCUCAAAAAAAAAAAAGCUUAUUAAAAGGACGUAUAUAGAUAUUUUUAGGGUAGCUUAUGUUUUCCUAUUUAUUAACCCAAGGAGAAUGAAAACAUGGCCUUCUCAUGAUUGUUUAGUGAUGUUUCUGCUGAGAUGAAUACCUGAGUGGCAUACUUACCACACCUAUCUGUAGUGCGAAUAAACUAUAGUAGUGGGCAAGACAAACAGGGUAAGAAAUCUACAAUUUGGAACAUGGUAUAUCCAUAGCAUUUCAGAUGGCUGUUUUAAUUCUGUCUCCAAAGUUGGUUCAACAUGAAGUAAUACUACUCAUUAGUUUUUCUUAAUAAAUGAUAUAUUGCAAACUUCUGCCAUUUCUUUGUUGUUAAAGCUUUAUUUGAGGCUCAUUUGUAGAGCAUAUAGCCUAACUGGCACGUAGACACUACUGCUCUGUUUUGGCAGCUUUCAUUCUCAAAUCACUCAGCUAGUCUGAAAACUUCCUACCUUCCUAACAUUUCAUUCAUGCUUACGAGUCCUAGCCAUAAUAUUAUCUUAUUGGAUCCUCACAACUCUGUAAGGUAGAGACUGCUUUCUCUAUUCCAGACUAGAGACAACUGAGACUUGGUGAGGUUUACUGACAGGUUCACAUGGUUAAGAAGCGGCAGAUUCGAGCUGUCAGUGACUUCAGAGCUGACCCCCUUUGCCCUUCUGCCUCCCAGGAUAGAUUGGCAGUGAUUGCAGAAUGCUUCCUUGCCUGGAGCAAUUUGGAUUUAAUGGUCUUUAGCCUGAUUGAAAUAGGUCAGUACCUUUGUAAGUUUUGAAUUAUGUGUUUCCCUGCCCUGGAAUACAGGUAAAAAAAUUAAACAUCACCAUCUAGUUCCUUUAGGUCCUAAAAUACGCACACUGUGUCAUGGUUCCAGUCUUGGCUUUGCCACUGACUGUGUGAGCUUGGAUAAGUUAUUUAACCUGGCUUUUGGGUGCUUCUGCUAUAAAAGAAGGGGAGUGGAUUAAAUAAUUUUCUCUAUUUUCUACCAGCUCAAUAAAUUAUCUGAUUCUAUUCUCUACCAAGAUUAAAGAUUAAGAUCAACUUCUUUGGUCAUCUAGAAACUAUUGUUCCAAAUGAAAUAAGAAAGUAUGGAUGGUAAGUAAACUUACAGCAGGCUAGUAGCUUUUGCCAUCCUAAAGUGCAUGUGUUGUGUGCUCAAUUUUAAGGGCUGGGAUUUUCCCAGAAGGCCUGUGCUGGUCACAAACCAAAUGGAACACUCAGAAACUAAGCGUUAAAAUAUCUCAUAAAAAUACUUCCUCCAUGCACUCAUUGGAACAGGUAAUUACCGUGGCAACAACAAACUAAUUUGAAGUGUUAGCUGUUAAUUAAAACAUUGCAGAGGUGUAUAGUUUGUCUUUUGGUGUAACCAGAGCCUCUAUUCAAACUUCAUUAAUCACUUUACAGUUAAUGUGUUGAGGGAGGUCAAGACAAUUGAGAUGCAGUAUCUAUUGAAAGUAAACAAAUUCCUUUUCUCUAAGUAAAUACCAUUUGCAAAGUUAAGGGACACACUCGACUCAUGGCUGGCAUUGCCUUUGUCAUCCACUUCUCCUUGAUGAUUAAAUGUUAAAUUGGUACUGUCAUUGCACUGUAAACCAAACCACAUAGCAUCUUUAUUGCUCGAAAUCGAACCCAAACUUCCACGGAUGAAUUAGCGUGCAUCAUAAUUAAAUUAUCAAGCCUCCCCUUUUAAUUCAGUUCGAAAUAGGAGACCUUUCUUUUAGAAAAGAGAUCGGCUUUCUUGACAAGCUAAUUAAGUUGCCAAACUGUCCAGCAUGGUACGUAUAUUAGACUAUCUGCAAAUCAUUUUCUUAUCGCUGCUGCUUGUCUCAAACGCCCACAAGUUGCUUAUUCAAGGUACCAACACUGAUCUUUUUACAACUUUUGAAUCCUUGUAUAUACAUUUAAUUAUUUGUCUUUAUAUUUCAGUUCUUUGUUAGUGAAUCUAAUAUAUAAUAUUUUUAAAAGUUGGAAGUGGAAGAAUCUGUGAUGUGGAAGGGGAAAAAUAAUAUAUCACAAAAUCUUAUGUAUUCUAUCACCUGUAUUUACAUGGAAUAAACUUACUAAUUUCCUUUAAAUCACAUUUCAGGCCAUAUUUAAAUGGAAUGAACUUGAUCAUUUCCUUUAAGUCACAUUUCAGCCCAGGUCCUGUGGCUCACACCUGUAAUCCCCACACUUUGGGAGACUGAGGCUGGUAGAUCACCUGAGGUCAGAAGUUUGAGACCAGCCUGGCCAACAUGGUGAAACACUGUCUCUACUAAAGAUACAAAAAAUUAGCCAGACAUGGUGGUGGGCACCUGUAAUCCCAGCUACUUGGGAGGCUGAGGCAGGAGAAUUGCUUGAACAUGGGAGAUGGAGGUUGCAGUGAGCCGAAAUCGUUCCACUACACUCUAGCCUGGGUGACAGAGCAAGACUCUGUCUUAAAACAAACAAACAAACAAAAAACAUAACAUAGGGGAUAGGGUUUCACUUAUAAAAUGUGUAUCACUUCAUACAAAGUAUAAAAAAUUAUUUAGCUGGACACAGUGGCUCAUACCUGUAAUCUCAGUGCUUGGGGUGGGAGGGUCACAUGAGGCUUGGAGUUUGAGGCCAACUUGGGCAACAUAGCAAGACUUCAUCGCUUAAAAAACUUAAAAGAAAAUUAGCCGGGCAUGGUGGUAUAUUUCUGUCAUUACCAGCAAUUUGGGAGGCUGAGGUGGGAGGGUCACUUGAACCCAGGAGUUCAAGGUCACAGUGAACUAAUAAGAUUACAGCAGUGCACUCCAGCCUGGAAGACAGAAUGAGAUCCUCUCUCUGAAAAAUAAUAAUCAUAAUUGACUAAAGUUUUGUUAUUUUCUAUUUCUUUGAGACAGAGUCUUGUUCUGUCGCCCCGGCUGGAGUAAAGUGGCGUGAUCAUAGCUCACUGCAGCCUGACCUCCUGGGCUCAAGCCUCCCUCCUGCCUCAGCCUCCCUGUAGUCUUUUCAGGGGGACUAUAGAGGACUACAGGCACAGUCCAUGAUGCCAGCUAAUUUUUUGUUUUUAUUUUUGUAGAGACAGGGUCUCCCUAUGUUGCCUAGGCUGGUCUUAAUCCCCUGGGUUCAGGUGAUCCUCCUGCAUUGGCUUCCCAAAGUGCUGAGAUUACAGGCAUGAGCCACUACGCCCAACCUGACUAAAGUUUUAUAAGUAGUAUUUAGAAAUACCAGUGAGGUGUUAUUUAGAGACCAUCUUUAGACAUUUUCAAAGGUUAAAUAAUUCUUUGGUAAAGUGAAUAAUUGUCACCUGAUUUUUGUAAUCUUGCUUUUCCUUUAAUGAGAUAUACUUGAAUUUCUGUAUAAUUAAUUGAUAUUAUAAAAGUUAAGCUUACCCUCCGUAACCGGCUUGACCUUUUUCCACUCAAGUAGGAAAAGCGAAAUAAGUAAGUUCUUGUAACAUCCAUGUAUUUUGAUAAUUAUAUACAUAUACUGUAUAUAUGUAGUUUCUUAGUCUUGCCUGAAUUUGUAGCAUUUAAUAUGUAAACAAUAUUACAAAUACCUACAGGAUCUUAAUAACUAAAUCAUUUCUAUAAGUCAGUCACCUUCAAAAAACUCUUGUCAGAGAUUGUUAAACUCUGUAAAUUUAGUAAAAAGUAUUGAAUCUAUUCUUAAAACAAGUGAAUGUUAUCAUAUGUAAAUUAUAUCCCAAUAAAGCUGUUAAAUUUUGUCAGUCCUUUCUGCCUGUGGAUGGCAUGGAGGAAACGUCAUUAAAGUCUCUCUUCCCCCUGCCAUCAUGUCUAAGACAGACUCUCCUUAAGAGCCAGAACAGCUGAGGAAGCCCUUUAUUGGAGUGAGCUUUGAAACAACGGAUGAGAGCCAGAGGAGCCAUUUUGAGCAAUGGGGAACGCCAACGGACUGUGUGGUCAGGAGAGAUCCAAGCGCUCCAGGGGCUUUGGGUUUGUCACCUAUGCCACAGUGGAGGAGGUGGAUGCAGCCAUGAGUGCAAGGCCACACAAGGUGCAUGGAAGAGUUGUGGAAACAAAGACAGCUGUCUCAAGAGGAGAUUCUCAAAGACCAGGUGCCCACUUAACUGUAAAAAAGUUAUUUGUUGGCAGCAUUAAAGAAGACGCUGAAGCCAGGCACAGUGGCUCACGCCUGUAAUCCUAGCACUUUGGGAGGCCAAGGUGGGUGGAUCACCUGAGGUCAGGAGUUCAGGACCAGCCUGGUCAUCAUGGAGAAACCCCAUCUUUAAAAAAAAAAAAAAAAAAAGAAGACACCGAAGAAUAUCACCUAAGAAUUAUUUUGAACAGUAUGGAAAAUUGAAGUGAUUGAAAUUAUGACUGAUCAAGGCAGUGACAAGAAAAGGGGCUUUGCCUUUAUAACCUUUGAUGACCAUGACUCCGUGGAUAAGUGUCAUUCAGAAAUACUAUACUGUGAAUGGCCACAGCUGUGAAACUAGGAAAGCCCUGUCAAAGCAAGAAAUGGCUAUUGCUUCAUCCAGCCAAAGAGGGCAGAGUGGCUCUGGAAACUUUGGUAGUGGUUGUGGAGGUGGUUUCAGUGGGAAUGAAAACUUUGGUCAUGGCUGAAACUUCGGUGGCUUUGAAGGCAACUGUGGUGGUGGUGGAUAUGGUGAGCAGUGGGGAUGGCUAUAAUGGAUUUGGCAAUGAUGGAAGCAAUUUUGGAGGUAGUGGAAACUACAGUGAUUUUGGCAAUUUCAAUAAUCAGACUUCAAGUUUCGGACCCAUGAAGGGAGGAAACUUUGGAAGCAGAAGCCCCUAUGGUGGUAGAGACCAACACUUUGCCCAACCACAAAACCAAGGUGGCUAUGGUGCUUCCAGUAGCAGCAGUAGCUAUGGCAGUGGCAGAAGAUUUUAAUUACUGCCAG